AUGACAUACGAGAAGCGUCGCCGCCGUCGGGAGAGCCACAAUGCAGUCGAAAGACGUAGACGCGACAACAUCAACGACCGCAUCCAGGACCUGUACACGCUGCUGCCCGAGACCAUGAUUGACGCCAACACCAAGCCGAACAAGGGUAUCAUUCUGAAGAAGUCGGUUGACUAUAUCCGGCAGAUGCAGCAGCUGGUGCACUCGCUGGCGCAGCAGAUCCAGGAACUGGGCGGGGUGCCCAACCACCUGAUGCAGCAGCUUGAUCCGCAGCAGCAACAGCAGCAGCAGCAGCAGCACUCGCCCACCCAGCAGCAGCAGCAGCAGCAGGCCAGCGGACUGGCAGCGAUGCUGGCAGGCACGGCCAGCAUGAACGUGGCACGGAACGACGGUGGCGCAGGCCACGGCGGAAUGUGA